CUCUCUCUCUCUCUCUGUGGGUGUAAUGUAAAACAGGCAGCAAGUGCAGUCGACCAGAGUCGGUCUUUCCGGAAUCAAUUCUCUGGGUCUUUCGAUUUUAACGUCGCACCACUGCCCUACUGUUUCCUUCCCGGCGACUUGACUUGAGCUAUCCCAGGACGUACGGUAGUGGCAAGGAGAGGCAGACAAAUAGAUAGGUUUGUAAAGGAUGGCCGGAGACGGAGGUGGUCGUUCUUUGGAGGAGACGCCGACAUGGGCAGUUGCCACUGUCUGUUUCGUGCUGGUUGCCAUUUCGAUUAUAAUUGAACACAUCAUUCACCUCAUUGGAAAGUGGUUAACAAAAAGACACAAGCGAGCUCUAUAUGAAUCACUCGAAAAGAUUAAAUCCGAGCUUAUGUUACUGGGAUUCAUAUCCUUGCUCCUCACGGUAGGACAAGGACUCAUCUCGGAGAUUUGCAUACCAAAGUCGGUAGGAAAUAGCUGGCACCCAUGUAAUAAGAAAGAAGAGGCAAAAUUAGAUGCGGAGAAAGAAAGCGAUGACCCGGAGGAGCACCACCGGAGACUUCUCAUGAUUGCAGACUCCGGUGGGAGCUUCCGCCGUGUCUUAGCCGCAGGAGGAACUGACAAAUGUGCAGCCAAGGGAAAAGUACCAUUUGUGUCGUCAGAGGGUAUCCACCAACUUCACAUUUUCAUCUUCGUUCUGGCUGUUUUUCAUGUGCUCUAUUGCAUCAUCACCAUGGCUUUGGGUAGACUCAAGAUGAGAAGAUGGAAAGCGUGGGAAAGGGAAACCAAGACGAUUGAAUAUCAGUUCUCUCAUGACCCGGAGAGGUUCAGAUUCGCACGGGAAACAUCCUUCGGGCGAAGGCAUCUGAGUUUCUGGAGCAAGACCCCGGCUCUCCUCUGGAUCGUUUGUUUCUUCAGGCAAUUUGUCAGAUCAGUUCCAAAGGUUGACUACUUGACCCUGAGACAUGGCUUCAUUACGGCACAUUUGGCCCCUCAAAGUCACACCCAAUUUGACUUUCAGAAGUACAUUAACAGAUCUCUUGAAGAAGAUUUCAAGGUUGUAGUCGGUAUAAGCCCGACAGUUUGGUUCUUCGCGGUGCUGUUCUUAUUAUUAAACACACAUGACUGGCAUUCUUAUCUAUGGCUACCCUUCCUUCCUUUGAUUAUCAUUCUGCUGCUGGGAACAAAGCUACAGGUGGUCAUAACAAAGAUGGGGCUCAGAAUUCAGGAGAGAGGAGAGGUGGUCAAAGGUGUCCCAGUGGUUGAACCGGGCGAUGACCUCUUCUGGUUCAAUCGCCCCCGCCUCAUUCUCUAUCUCAUCCACUUCGUUCUUUUUCAGAAUGCCUUCCAGCUGGCUUUCCUCGUAUGGACUUGGUAUGAAUUUGGGCGCAAGUCUUGCUUUCAUGAGCACACAGAAGACCUGGUUAUCAGAAUCUCAAUGGGGGUACUGGUACAGAUCCUCUGUAGCUAUGUCACUCUCCCUCUCUACGCCUUGGUAACACAGAUGGGUUCGAGUAUGAGGCCUACCAUAUUCAACGAAAGAGUGGCCACAGCACUACGAAAUUGGCACCACAGAGCGAGGAAGCACCUAAAACAGAACGGCCACGGGCGGUCAGGAUCGGUGACACCCAUUUCCAGUAGGCCAACAACCCCUAGGCAUGGCUUUUCCCCGGUUCAUCUGUUGCUUAACACCCAUCGCAGUGAUCAUGCCGACAGCAUUCAUACGUCUCCUAGAUUCUCAAACUUGGACAAUGAGCAACGGGAGGGUGAAGGGACGCCCUCCCCCUCGUCGUAUCACCACCACCACCAUGAACGUUGGUUGGGAGGACAGGACAGGGAAGCCCAUGAGGCUGAGGCCACCACUCCACCUACGGCUCCUCCUGUACAUACUCAACAUGUAAUUGAAAUGAGCUCUGCCGACUUCUCUUUCGUCAAGAGUUGAUGAUGUGCAUACAACGGUGGGAGGUGAGCACUUUGGAGGAGACUAUUCGGAAAUUCAAACCAACGCCUUUCGGAUGAAUGGUGUGCAUCUUUAUUCUUUCAGGAAUUUUGCCACAAAAUGGACACACAAAUCUUAAUUUCUUUUUACCAUGUAUCAACGAUGAUUAUUUUCGUUUGUACUUCACUUACUAAUGCUUAUUUUGUAUACACCGAUCUCUGGGAAUCUCCACAAUAUUGAAUACAAAUUCCACUUACGAGUUACGCCUC